GCUGGGAUUCCCGGUGCCGCUUCCCGGCAGGAGGACGAGAGCAGGAGGAUGAGGGCAGCUCUGGCGCUGCUGCCGCUCUUGGCCGCUGCACAGGCAUUACACCGAGGGAAAGCUUAUGUCCGGGAGAAAGUCUGCCAGGAGUACAGGAUGCUGGGAAAGGAGAACUUCCGAACCCUGACCAUCAUUGCCAACAGCCGGAAAUAUUCCAACGGCACCUUCGAGGAGAUCGGCCACCUCGUCCGGGAAAUUGUCUCCCUGGCCGAGACGUGCUGCACCGACGGGGCUGACCCCUCCUGCUACGAUGCCGGGUCCACGGCGCUGUCGGCCAAAUCCUGCAGCGCAGACUCGCCCUUCCCGGCGCAUCCCGGCACGGCCGAGUGCUGCGCCCACGAGGGGCUGGAGAGGAAGCUGUGCCUGGCCGCCCUGCGGCACCCGCCCCAGCCGCUGCCCCGCUACCUCCAGCCCUCCGACAGGGAGCUCUGCCAGGCCUUCCGCCAGGAUCCCCGGGAAUUUGCCGACAGGUUUCUUUAUGAGUACGCCAGCAGCUACAGCCAGGCUCCCCUGCCUGUGCUCCUGGGCUCCACCACGACCUUCCUCUCCAUGGUCUCCACCUGCUGCAUCUCCCGUGCGCCCACUGCCUGCUUCCUGAAGGAGAAACUGGAGAGGAAAACCCUCUCCCUACUCACCCUGACGUCAAACCGGAUUUGCUCCCGCUUCUCGGCGUACGGGAAGGACAAAGUCAGCUUCAGCUACCUGGCCUUGCUGGCUCAGAAGGUUCCCACUGCUUCCUUCGAGGACCUUCUCCCCCUGGCCGAGGACGCUGCCGAGGUGUCUUCCCAGUGCUGUGACUCGGUGGCCGAGGACUGCAUGCAGAAGAAGCUCUUGGAGCACACGGCCAAAGUCUGCACCGCGCUGUCGGCCCGGGACGGGCGCUUCGCCGACUGCUGCAAGGGGAAAAACCUGAUGGAAAACCAUUUCUGCAUCCUGGCCAUGCCCCCAGCGCCGGCUCCCAAGCUGCCAGAGGCAUCAGAGCCGACCAACAAGGAGCUGUGUGCCAAGGAGGGGGCUCUCCAUGCCACCAGGUUCCUGUUUGAGCUGGCACGGAGGCACCCCAGCCUCCCUGACGCCGUCCUCGCCAAGCUCUACGACUCCUCCGGGAAACUUCGGGCAGAAUGCUGCUCCUCCAAGGACCCCUCUGCCUGCUUGGACAGCAAGCGCAAGCGGAUGGAAGCAGAGCUGCUCCCCUUCCUGGAAAGGGCCAACCAGCUCUGCGGGCAGUACAACACCCUGCCUUUCCUCGAGUUCAAGAAGAGGCUGCGGGAGAGCCUGGCUCAGGCCGAGCCCGAGGCGCAGCUGGAGCAGCUGCUGGAGCAGCGGGCGUCCUUCGCCUCCACCUGCUGCCUCCCGGACGCUCCCCCGCUCCUCUGCGCUUCCAAGGUGAGCUCGGAGCUGGGAGAAGAGUGUAAGGAGGAGUCCUGCCUGCUGGGAUAGGGGCCCGGCGCCGGCAGCAGGGAUCGCCUCUCCAGGCGGGCGCGGAUGGAGGGGGACCACGAGGCGCAGCUCCGGGAACACGCAGGAGUGGGAUGGGGCACGUCGGAAGGGAGCAUCGGGGCGUGCUGGGCUGGAGGACGUCCGGCAGAUGGGAGGCGUCACCGAGCCCGCACCUUGUAUUCCUGCAGCCGAAAUAAAGACAAGCGAAGUGCCCUGC